AUCAAAGUCCACUUAGCCAACGCUUCCUUGACUUGACGAGCAAACCACGUAGUUAAAUCCAGGUUCAACUUGAUGGAGCCCGAGGGGCCUGGAGACGCCACCGAGAACCUACACGGCCAAGUACUCCGGACUGCGCUCGCAGAAAUCGCCUCUCGACCGACCGCACCGGGAACUUCGAGCCACCCCGAGAGCGGCGGCGUCGACUGUUGCGUCAUCUGCCUCGAUGUCGUGUCGGACCCCUGCGAGGCGAGGCCUUGUGGCCAUCGCAACUUUGACUUCCUUUGCCUCGCCAGCUGGCUGAACCACCGCCCAUCCUGCCCACUGUGCAAAGCCGAAGUUGCCGAGGCGCGCUAUCAGUUCAGGGAUGUCGGCAGCGACCCCUCGUCACCUCAGUACACCACAUACACCGUCCCCCGCGCCUCGGUCGAUGCGAUCAGGCCAGCGCGCCCACCUGCUCGCCCGUAUCCUCACCAUGGGCCCCGGGCCUCUGGGCCACGGCCACGGGUCUCGACUCGGCCGCGCCGGGUGCCGCCGAGCGCGCUCGCUGUUACAGCUAGAGAGACGGAAGAGGACGCGGCGCUGGAACGGCGCCGCCGCGUCUAUCGUCUCAUGCUCUUCUCACUACAUGUGGGUACGAACCGCAUCACGCGAUACACAGACCUGACCCCGCGCAUGUUCGAAUCGGACCCCGAGCUGGCCCCGCGCGCGCGUAUGUGGAUCCGCCGGGAGCUGCGCGUGUUUGGCUUUCUCUGUGCCCCGAGCGCCGAGAGACCGGCGGGCGGCGGUAGUAGUCGCUCAGUGCGCACGCUCAGCAACAACACCGAGUUCCUGCUUGAGUACAUAGUCGCCAUCCUGAGGACUGUGGACAUCAACGGCAGCCGCGGCCAGGCCGAGGAGAUGCUGCAGGAGUUUCUGGGUGAGGCGCAUACUAGGCUUUUCUUGCACGAGCUGAGAAGCUGGUUGCGUAGCCCUUACAUGACCCUUGAGAACUGGGACGCACAUGUGCAGUACGACGAAACCAAGUCGACGCCGGCGACUACCGUCUGGCGUAGGACGGGAGAAGAGACCAGGAGUAGAGACGACGACGAGCAGGAGCGCCGGUCUGCCGCCUACCCCGACCACUACUCUGGUCCUGGCGCAGCAAGGCUGCAUGGCUCGCGGUCAAGCUCCAGGGAUCGCUGGUCACCAUAUUCCAGCCGCAGGCCACCACAUGCAGACACAGUGGAAUCAAGUCGUCGCACGAGAUAACUAUACUCCAUCUGGUGUGGUGAAUUCUCAUUAUAUUAACUAUUGAUAUACGUCGGCUUUAUCAAAUCAGUCCCUUGCACCCUCCGCUAUGACAUUUAUGAUACCGGACGCCAUAUCCAGACCUGUAUAUGCCCCACUCCUGGCCAUGCUACCGAAGUGCUGGCCCUGGCCUCCUAGGUUUGGGCUUCGCAAUGCUUCGUCGAAGCUAGGAGGUGGCAUUGAUUCAUCGGUUGGUGGAUAAGGUCGGGUGUCGAAGGGCGCAGCUAUCUCCAGAUCCGACUCGAACUUGUGCUUGGUUAUCUCGCCAGCGAUGUCGAGAUGGACCUCGAAUUCGAUUUCGUACACCCGCCGGAUGAGGUACGUGGUGAAAGUCGGACAUAGGUUGCUCAUGCCGAUGACGCCCUUCCUCCCGAGCCGCAGCCCCACGUGCUCGCCAACGUCGGCCGCCGGCCACUCGUCCGAGCACGGCACGUAGA